AUGCGCUUAAAUUAUUCGAAUUCACGUUUAGGUGAUGAAGAUGAGUGCGACUCACAGAUGGAUGUAUUUAUAGCUGCUGCCGAUAUACUUGAUCCUGAACAACAUCAAGACAAUGUGAAGCCAUCUCAAACAAUGAAAAUAUCACUUGGAAAGAGGCCUGGCACGCCUCGUAGAGCAGCGGAUAAAAAACAACAACAAAUUGAAAAAGUUGAACAAGCAAAACAGGCAGGGAAAAAAAGUCAGAACAACAAAGAAAAUGUUUCUUCAGCUAACAUGAAACAAAACGUAUUAUCGUCACCCACCGCAAGUGCAAAUAGCAAUGUUGCUAUUACACCAACACCAAAAGUACGUACUCCGACACUCGCUGAACUGCUGCAAGUUGUUCAAACAUCCGCUUCAACUGCUCACCGAGCAGCUGAUGCUCCACGUCCAUCAACUUCAAACACUGCAGUUUCAGUGAUUGGUCAUGCAGGUUAUCCGAACGAUCAAGGGAAACAAAGACAUGAAAAUCAAUCAUCUCAGUCAGCGGCACGAAAAAAAACAGAAACUGAUCUCCGAAUCACAACAAGUGUUGCUCAACCAUCGAAAGACAGCGAUGAUGAAAAAGAUUACCUGAGUGGUGGCAAAUACGAUUAUGAUGAGAAAAUAGAUUAUGAUACAAGUUAUUCACCAUUAGCAAGCAAAUUUAAUAAAUUACUUAUUAAAUAUAUAUGUUUACAUGUUUACGUGAACAAUAUGACAAAACGAAAAAGCACUAUUCCACCCUUACCCGUACAGUAUUGGUUUCACCAAGUCGCACAACGUUUAUCACAUAGUGCUGUUGGGCUAAUCAAAGUUGAAAAUCUUCAACCGUAUUGUGAUGUAACGCACUCAUCGUUAGCAGAAAUUCGUGCAGCAAUAAAUGAUAGUCGUACAUCAACAGCACGUAGUUUUGCACGUAUUUGUUUUCGUUUUGAUGACCUAUCAAAAUUAACAGCCAAGGAAGCAGAUGUAGAAACAAUAAACCUCAUUGUUUCAUUUGCCAAAAUGUGUCAUCCUAGUGAAAUAAAUACUGAAACAAAUUCAAUUCGUUCUGCUAUUUAUAAUGUAUUUCGCGUUGCAAGAUCAAGUCGUAAUACAAAGCUGACCGCUGCUACUAAACAACUAUUAGCUGAUAAGGAAAAACCUGAUAUUACUGAAGAACAAAUAAUUAGUCAUGAAAAUGAAGAUAAUGCUACAUAUGAAUCCGAAGAGCAAUUGGAACAUAGCGGAAAUGACGAAGAAAAUUAA